GUCUCGAAAUUUGGCUGCGGAUUGCACGUCUGACAGCAAGCAAUCCCACAAUGGCAUCUUCAGCAUCUCGGCCGCCGAAGGCCUAUCAUCAAGAUUACAUUGCGCGCAUACGCUAUUCAAACACGCUUCCUCCGCCUCCCAAUCCCCCAAAGCUUUUGGAACUACCGAAUACCGGGCUUGCCAAUGGCCAUUACACUGCCGCUGGCUUUGCAACGCGUCUAUCGCGAGAGCAGCCGCUCAACAUUGAGGCAGAUGCCGAACUUGGUAUGCCGAUAGAUCUCGUGGGCAUGCCUGGAGUCUUUGACGGUGACGAGAGUGCUAUUCAACCAUCUUCCCAUCCACCUCCACUGCAUCCUCAUGACCGAGCCCUUCUACGACCCCUUGCGACAUUGGGCAAGCCCACGUCUUUGACCUCCGGGGUCAGUUUCCUCCGUCGAACCGAAUACAUCUCUUCAGAAACAGGCCGCAACCGGAUUGAAUCGACGACUUCCAAGGGUCUCGUCAGGUCGACGAAUAAUGCAAAGAAGCGACGACGGUCAGAUAUUUCCAAGGACGAUCCUAUCUAUAUCCUGAGGUCAGUCGUCAAGGGCUUCGAUAUCGCCUAUCCCAGAGACGCAUACACUGGUCCGGAUACUCAGAACGACAUUCGCGGUGCUGCACCUACAGCUGCUGAGCUUGACGCUUGGAAUAACCCCCAACAUCCAAGUCGCUCCGGAGUCAAGCUUGUCGAUAGCUACCCGUUGCUACCCGACCUUGAGGCUUUCCCGGAUUCUGGUGGUUAUGUCGUCAUCAAGUUCGCCACAAACCCUGUUGCGGUGUCAGACACCUACGACAAUCGAUUGAGCGUUGGUUUGCUACGACCGCUUGAGCUUCGACCUGAAUUGGCAGCGGCCAACGAGGCACAACGUGCAGCUCACGAGGCAGACCCUUCUAAGCCUCCGCCAGGCCCGCCGCUGUUCGAUUACGAAUACUUCCUUCCCGAAACCGCAGAAGCUGCAAGGAAUGUUCGGCGAAAGCUGGACGUCAAUGACCCAGAGAAGGACAGUCCGGCCUUAUACACGGACGCUAGUAAGGACAGUGGCGAGCCGAUAUUCAAGUACAACCGCCUCCGAGCCUACGAAACAGCUAUGCAGUCGGGCGGUGCGGACAAGAAAUACGAAGAGCUUGCGCUCGCUCUCCACGACCCGGAGUCCGUGGAUGGUGAAACCGACGGUACUCGAAAGCUGCAAAAGGCAGCCUACUUUUAUCCGGUCCUGCAAAAGGCCCAGAUUCGCGCAAGGCGUGCAGUCAAGGUCGGCGUUGCCCCGGGAAUGAUGGACGAGGACUUGGAGGCAGACAAGGUGGAUUGCCUUGAUGUGGUCAUCAGAGAGGCAAACGAGAGCGAGAAUGCUCGCAGAGCCGAGCAUAAAGAGGAGUGUGAGCUCGGGCCUGAUGGCGGAGCGUAAUGGACUCAGACUACACACAUUGUCUGCUUGUCCUCUCAGGUUUUUCUCAGCUGACUCAUUGUCUACCAAGUGGCGUUGGGCGUAAAGUGAAAACGUAUUGCAAUUUGCUGGAUUAUGUUUUAGGAAAAGCUCGGACAGUUGGUAGAUUGAAAUCUUAGCAGUCACUCGUACUCAAUACUUUACGUCUUGUGAUAUAUUUCUCAGC